UCUCAACCUUCGCGGUUCGCGAACUUCUUCUGCAAGAACUUCUCAGUGUCACACGCUCAGUUUACCAUCUAACUCUAGUCUAGGUGGUAGCGCAAAGAAGUGGGACUUGCAUCAACAACAAAUUUUACUCUCUCUCUGUUAGAACGUUGGCUGUUGGAAAACACUUCGCGGUUAUUUCCUAAUUUUUCCGCUCGCGUAAUACAUCCCCGUAUACACCUUUUCUGCUAUUAUUGCGUGCGUUGCAAGUGAAUUCAUUUUUAUAAUUAUUAGUAACUACCUAUUAUAAUUUUAUCAUUUUCGGUAGACGGCGCUUUUUAAACUCUGUUUCGCGGGUGCUUUGUUUUCGAAUAAAGAAGCACGAAAAGAAGAAAUCGCAACUGCCCAUGCGUAGCUGAAUGACGAAACCAAGGCACACUUCUUCUAUCAUGAAUUCAUUCAUAGCCAGAUGGCUGCGAUUUUGGGUUAUCACGCUACCAGUUUUAGUUCCUCAGCCUUGUUGGUUGCAGAACGUGGAGGACACGACACAUCGCGUAGAAUUUAGUGUUAGUAGUAGUUCUAGUGUAAGUCACGAAGUAACCGAACCGUCAGCGCUACUCCCAAAAGAAAAUUCUGACGACGCGUCAAACAUUACAAGAGAAGCACUGUCACAAGCUGCGAGCGAACAAGAACCGGUUGUGUUUAUUGAAGAUUCAUCAGCACCGGGCUAUCUCUCACUUCCAUCGUUACAGACCAGGCAAGCAACUGCAGUGUCAGCCGCUUCAGCACCAUCAGCUACGGCACUAGACUGGCAACAUCCAAUUGAAGCCUGGGAAAGAGACUACCGGCGAUUCAGAUGGAAUAAUACCCGCGUUCAACAUAUUGAAGCAGAAUGUCAAGACGAUUAUAUGAAAAUAAGGAUUGGAUUUAAUGGAACAUUUACCGGUUUAGUAUAUUCUGCUGGUUACGCCUAUGAUCCAGAUUGUAUGUAUAUUAACGGAACCGGAAGAGAUUAUUAUGAAUUCUAUAUUCAACUUAAUAGAUGUGGAACGCUAGGCAAAAAUACACAUAACGAAGACAACAGAAAAUCACCAACCAAAAAUUUCAUGUGGAACACCGUUACUGUUCAAUACAAUCCACUUAUUGAAGAAGAAUUUGACGAGCAUUUCAAGGUUACUUGCGAAUAUGGCUACGAUUUUUGGAAAACGGUUACAUUUCCAUUUUUGGAUGUCGAAGUUGCAACUGGAAAUCCAGUUGUUUUUACUUUAACUCCUCCGGAAUGUUAUAUGGAAAUUCGUUAUGGCUACGGUGUUUCCGGUAACAGAGUAACAGGACCAGUAAGGGUAGGAGACCCUUUAACCCUCAUUAUUUAUAUGCGCAGUAAAUACGAUGGAUUUGACAUCGUUGUGAACGACUGUUACGCACACAAUGGUGCCACUAAAAAGAUUCAAUUAAUCGAUGAGUACGGAUGUCCUGUCGACGAUAAACUAAUAUCCCGGUUUCGGGGAUCUUGGUCUGACAGUGGUGUAUACGAGACGCAAGUUUUUGCCUACAUGAAAACAUUUCGAUUCACUGGAUCCCCCGCGUUGUACAUCGAAUGCGACGUUAGGAUGUGCCACGGAAGAUGCCCGAGCCAAGCUUGUCACUGGAGAAACGUGAAAACAGUGAAAAAGAGAUCCAUUGAUCAACUGAACUCAACCAAGACGCCGAGUCUUUCAGAAAACCUGAGUCUUUUCCAAUCAUUACGGGUACUGCAAGAAGGCGAAGAUGAUCAGAGUGAAAAUGUAACAAGUACGGCAACCCUCGUAUCCAACCCGAACAAUGUAUGCUUAAAAGCCGGUUGGUUUUCUGCUCUGUUAGCGAUAGGGGCUGGAAUGAUGUGCCUUCUUGGAGGCGCACUUUUAGCCACUUGCUCGAGGAUGCGAAAGCUCGCAGUCGAUAAGAUGUUACCCGCCGAACAAUUCGAUACUUACGUCAAUCAUAAGGGAAGAAUUAAUUAAUUAUGUGACUACGACAACCUAGUAUUUAUUUGUCAAUCACGAAGAAAAUUGUAGACAGAGAAUGAACUACAAAAGCAUAUUGAACCCGUACCUGUCGACCGUCAACUUAUAAGCAUUUAAUAUCUUACGACUGGUCAAGUUCUUUCAACCAAAUUGUACCUACAAGUGACAUUCAAUAAAUAAAUACAGUUCAAGGAUAACAACUGAUAAUAAUGUUUAACCAUCAAUUGCUUUUGUUGUUUCGUGACUUUCGAAAAGUACUUAGAAGUGUUUUUACUCGUCUUUACAUACUUGGAGGAUUGAAAUUAUAAAUUUAAAUCUGAAGUAGUUCAUUGUAAUCGAAUAUCUCAAAAUUUCAACCGAUAAUAAGGUGCACCAACAACAACUUUUAUAAUUCACUUCUCCAGUAUGUUUCAUUUUGAUAAUAAAAACGAAAUGCUUAAUU